AUGAAGUGGACGCACGCGGAACUUUUCACUCACUACAGCGCCAUCUUGGGGGUGAAACCCGGAGCGGAUCCUGAGGAAAUCCGUACAGCUUACGAAGCCAAACUGAAAAAGCUUUCCCCAGCUGCUGAAGAUGGCGACAUGGCGGCUCAGUAUCUUCUCAGAAACAUUCAACUCGCCAGGGACUCCCUCUUGAAUGACAAUGCGAGAUCCGCUUUCUACUCACACUUGUUCAGUUGCGCAGGAACGUCAUCAGGCAUGAUUAACUCUUUGGACACUCCGGACCCUUCUGACAACAAAGGUGGCCUUUUUGAGAAACUCAAGAAGCUGAUCCCGUUUUGGCAUGCCAGUAGAGGUGCGGAUGGGGCAAAGAGUGGUCCAGUAGUAGUCCCUAAUCCUCCUGAAGUGCAUGUGACCACAGUGGAUCCUCCUGUGCCAACUGACAUUGAUCCGAAUGCCACUGGAGACCACGGGAUCUUUGGAAUGUCCAAAGAAGCUGAAAGAGCUUUGUUUAGGAUCAGGGAAUGUGUAGAAUGUCUGAAUGCUAUGAAAAACUGGGCUGAAGUUUUUUAUGGUGUUGCCUUGAUGACCAUUGAAAACUUCCACAUGGUACACGGGCCCAUUGUCCUCAUGUCCUCGGCCAUCGCACUGCCAAUGAUGUGUCACGCUGUGUGGAUCAACAUCAACGGGGAAAUUGCCUGGGCCAUGAACCUGUUUCCCUGGAUGCCCUUUCUCAUGCUGACCAGCAAGGAGUGGAGAGGUGCCGCUGCGGCUGCGGGUUUUUCAGUGUUCAUCACGGGGGCCAUUGGGAUCUAUGGAGCCCACAUCUCCAAGCUGGAGCCCCUCAGGAAUGCAAUGGCUGCAUGGCUGGCCUCCUAUCUAUUCGUUGUCCUACACCCUGAUCUGAAUGCUGGAUAUUCAUCAAUUCCACUUGCUGGACCACUACAAGUUGCUGGAGCUCAGUUGAUUGUAGAAUUGUUCAAGAAAGCUGGACCUGGCGAAAUUUCCAGACCAGUUCAAUUUCCCCCUCCCAAAGAGGGUGAACAAUUUGCUGCUGGUGGAGGAGAAUAUUACUACUGAUUUUUUUUUCUUUUCUUACUCUAACAACAUUCGAAAUAAACUCGUUUAUUUAUCAACAUAAAAA